CAUAUCCAUUCCUUUUAAUGAUUCCAUCUAUAGAAGAAACAUCAGAAGAAAGUUUUGAGAGAGAAAAGCGAGAAACAGAAAAAAGAGCAGAGGGCUGGGAUGAGGGACAGCCCAGACACGUGAAUGAUCCAGACAAACCUGCAGGGGUGAAAGACCACAUUACAGACCAUCAUGGAGAGCAGAAUUUCCUGCAGGAAUCUGAUCCACAAACAUCAGCAUGUGUGCCUCGGGCCCCAAGUCCCAGCCCUCCAUCCAUGGCGGAACAAACACACCGCCAGAAGUCCUUGAAACGUUGUGCCUCUUCUGCACCACCGCAGGAUUGUCCAACAUCAGUGAAAAAGAGCCAUGCCAGCACUGAACACAGUGAGUUAACAGAUCCAUCGGGUGACACAGCGAGCCAUAAGAAGUGGUUUUUCCUUCUUUAUAAGUGUAGUAAUACAGAAACUCUAGAAACCAUCGAAGAGAAUUCAAUCUUAAAAUGUACUCUGGAUGUUUUAGAUAAAUCACAAUUGAAUUUCAGUAAUAGGUUAAGUAAUACAUUUUCAUUGAAUGAUUUUAUGCAAAGUAAAUUUGAACAAAUUCUUCAACGUUAUACAUAUAAAAUAGAUCCAAAGAAAAUCAGUGUGCAAUAUGCAAUUUUAAUUUGUGUGGGGGAAACUUAUUUUGAAAAAGAACUAAUUUUUGCAAACAAUGGAGAACAUAGUGAGGAUCAUAUUACAAAAAUAUUAGAAGACAUGAAACAAACAAAGGAAAUUUAUCAAUAUUCUGAAAUUUGGAUUUAUACAACCAACAAUCCUUGUAUAAUGAGGGAAAAUCAUGAGCCCUGCAUGUCUAAAUUAAUCUUUUUAUCUAUCCAAUUAAGUCAAGAACAUGGGAUUAAAAUGUACAUAGGCUUUACAAAAUGUUAUAUAUUUAAGACAAAAAUGAAAGCUAUUUUUAAGAAGAGUAAAGACUUUGGUGAUUGUAGUAAGAAAAUCAUGGAAGCUUUUGAAUUGGUUCAUAAAUUAAAGUUUCCUGUUAAAUUAAAUACUCGAAAAAUAAAUCAGUUAGUUCGAAAUAUAUUAAAGCGUUUUACAAAAAGCAUUCCCCAAGAUAAACGGAAGGACUGUGUUCAGAUAAAAUUACCUCAAAGUCCAGAUUUAUCUCAGACAUAUAAAGAGUGGAAUGAAACAGUAAAAAAUCUCAUAGAAAAGCUUGUGUUGAAAAUGAGAGAGAUCAUCGGGGAGAGUGUGACGGCAGAUUAUGAUGAGGUUAAAGCUAAGAUAGAGAAGUUGAUGUUGAAAAAAGUAAACAGUGAUAUGUUAUUAAACCAAGAUGUCGGUAAUCUCAUUAAAGAGCAGGUUGUUCUGUACUAUUUGGAAGUCAAUCAGGGGCUUGAACAUCAUCCUGUGUUUUUCUGGGUUGACUCUGCUGUACUGGAAAAAUAUUGCAUUUCCUCUAAUGAGGAAUAAUUUCAAUUAUAAUAAAUUUGGCUGAUUCGGA